AGAAGAAGAAAUGCAGCCACACACGGCUAACGAGCUAGCCUAAGUGCAGAUAUUAAUCGGAAUAUGGCUGCUGUGCUCCCCGUCAGAACCCCCUGCGACAGCAACCCCGCCACCCCGGGAGCACAAUCCCUAAAGGAGGAUGUGAUCGAGGAAGUUUCCAAUGAUGGGAGUCAACCUCCCAAAAGAAGGAGAAUGGGUUCAGGGGACAGCUCUCGGAGUUGUGACACCUUCAAUCCAGAGCUUGGACCGACAUAUUUCCCAGCAGAAAAUCUGACAGAAUAUAAGUGGCCACCUGAUGACACAGGAGAAUAUUACAUGCUGCAGGAGCAGGUCAGCGAGUAUCUGGGAGUCACAUCGUUCAAGAGGAAGUACCCCGAUAUGGAGAGGAGAGACUUGUCUCACAAAGAGAAGCUCUACCUUCGUGAACAGAAUGUCAUCACUGAGACGCAGUGCACUCUGGGUUUGACAGCUCUGCGGAGUGAUGAGGUGAUAGAUCUGAUGAUAAAAGAGUAUCCCACAAAACACGCUGAGUAUUCAGUCAUUCUGCAGGAAAGGGAGCGACAGAGGAUAGCAAAAGAGUACUCUCAAAUGCAACAGCAGAACCCACAGAAGGUGGAGGCCAGCAAAGUUCCAGAGUAUAUAAAGAAGGCAGCAAGAAAGGCUGCAGAGUUCAACAGUAACUUCAACAGAGAGCGUAUGGAAGAGAGGAGGGCUUACUUUGACCUUCAGACACAUAUAAUCCAGGUGCCCCAGGGUAGGUUCAAGGUGCUAGCUCCAGACCUAACCCGAACAGGGCCCUACCCUGUGGCUCUCAUACCAGGACAGUUCCAAGAUUACUAUAAAAGGUACUCUCCCAAUGAGCUGCGGUACUUGCCGUUGAACACUGCUCUGUUUGAGCCUCCACUGGAUCCGGAGCUUCCUGCUCUGGACUCAGAACCCGAUUCGGAUGAUGCUGAGGAAGGCAAGGACGACAAGAAAAACAAGAACUCAUCUGACAGCUCUUCAGGCAACACAUCAGACCUGGAGAGCCAGGAGGGUGGAGGUGGACCGGGUCACAAGUCUAAAGCCAAAGACAGGACGUCAACGUCGGGCAAAGACCAGCGCCAGUCUGCCUUUCACAAAGCCACCCCAGGGUACAAGCCUAAGGUCAUUCCCCAUGCUAUAUGUGGCAUUUGCCAGAAGGGUAAAGAGGCCAACAAGAAAGGAAAACCAGAAGCUCUCAUUCACUGCUCGCAAUGUGAUAACAGCGGCCACCCAUCCUGCUUGGACAUGAGCCGUGAGCUUGUGUCUGUGAUCCAGACGUACCGCUGGCAGUGCAUGGAGUGCAAGACCUGCACCGUGUGCCAACAGCCUCACCACGAGGAUGAGAUGAUGUUCUGUGACAAGUGUGACAGAGGAUACCACACAUUUUGCGUCGGGAUGGACUCGAUACCUAAAGGUCUUUGGGUAUGUGAGGUUUGCGAGAAGGAUUUCACCACACCCAAGAAGAAAGGAGGGGUCAAAACACCUAAAAAAUCCAGUUCAGCUAAAAAAUGAUCAACCUGCUGUUACUGAUUAUUAUUAUUAUUGAUUGAUAUAGAUUAUUCCAUCAAGGCAGGCCUGUAAUUUAAGUCAUACCAUUCCUAUUUCUAUGCCAAACUCUAACAUACAUACCGGUACAUACAUACAUUUUAGGGAUGGACUGAAGAGCUGAACUUUCACCACUCCAAAACCUGUUUCAUAUCAGAACAUUCCUGCAUCAGUAAACCAUGGGUUGUGUAGUAUCUGUCUUGUAAUAUUUCUCCAUAAACUACAAUAUUUGCUGGGAGAAUUGUUUCAGAUGACAAACGAAUGGUGCUUUUUAUUGUGUACUACUGAAACAGUUAUGGUAGACAAGGGUUUAUUUCAAAAUGGCAUUUUUCUAUUUUUGUAGCUCAUUAAUGACAAUUUGUAUUUUAUUAAUGUUUUAUGUUAUGAAGCAGGCCAGUAAAAGGAAAUCUUCUGUGCGUUUUUUUUUUCUCUUCAUAUUUUUAUUUUUUCUUUCGUAAUUAAAUGUGAUGACUGGCUGUAGUAGCUUUUUGAUUAAUUUAGUUCUGGUCUUGCCAGGUAUUAUUAGUGAAUCUUAAAGCAAAAAGUCUCAACCAUUCACUUUUGUCACUGUACAAAAAUAUAGCCACUUGUAGUUACUUUUUUUUUAUUGCCUUGUAAUGAUUCCCAUGUUAAAAUAAUAUUUGUUCCCACUAAUGUCAUGGUUACUGAAUUAUUUACAAUAAAUGUCACUUUCUAAGGG